AUGCGGUAUUUCGUGGAAGAAUUGGCCCCCUGGUUCGAUUCCUGUGAUGCCGGCAAGCACUUUGCCCUCUUGAUUCCCGACCGCGCCGCCCAUUGUCCCGCCCUGCUUCAUGCCGUGUACUCGGCGUCCGCGCGGCAUCUCAGCCGGUGCCAAUCGACCGGCAGUCGCCCGGUGGCCUUCGCCGGGCGUCGUCUGCCCGAUCUGGGAGACACCACUGCUCUGGAUUACCAGACUCUGUGUAUCUCCCACCUUCCGCUUCCGUCAUCUUGCGCUUCUACGAGGAGUUCGAUGGUCAGUAGCCUCGCCUUCUGGGCGGCUCUUGCUGGCGGCGACGACGGGACUCACCUUCGCGGGACACAAGUCUUUCUCAACGCCCAAGGGGCCAACGCACUCCGUGAGGGGGGCCUCCAGCUGGCAGCUUUCUGGGUUGGCAUUCGCCAAGAGUUCCAUAAGGCCUUUCUCGAACAGCGCGUUGUCGAGCUCGACCUGAGUUGCUGCGACGCAUCUGUUUACCGACAGCUUGACCCAGCAGACGACGCCACCUGGGCGAAUCGGGCUGUUCUUCACUGCGUCGAUGCCCUCGUUUAUUGCUAUGGCGAUGGCUGUCAAACACGCUGGAGGUAUGAGCAGCUAUGCGAAUACAGCCGCCAGUGGCAAACCCUCACCCCGCCGACAUUCGAUCCAUUGUAUUGUCGGCAACCCGAUCCAUCCAAAGGGGAGGUAUUUCCCAUACUCUGGUACUUGGAUGACUGUAUUGUGACCGCAAUCCAGCACUGGCAUCUCGCCCGCCUCCUGCUCACAGUGUUUGAUCCCGCGGUUCCUCGCCUUGGUCCCGGUCGCAAGGCAGCCGUCAACGGCAGGGAGAUUGAAGUCAAGCACCACGUAUUCAGUCUCUGUGGAAUCGCCAUAUCCAAUAAGACUGCUCCGGCUCUCGUCGCCGCAUGCAUGGGAGUGUCGAUGUGUGGAGAUCGCAUGACCGACCGCCGCGAACAAGAGGCUCUCCUGGACAUUUUGAUCAAGACCGAACGAAUUCAUGGCUUGGCCACCGUAGCGGCUCAGACACAUCUCCAGGCGGCCUGGGAAUGGACCCUUCCGGUGUUGGCAGAGCCAUCCGUCUAG